AUGUCUUCUUCUUCCGAUGCGGUGACGACAGGUCAAAAGAACGCCUCUACGAAGGCUACAAUCCACUAUCCAUUCUGGUUCGGCGGCUCAGCGUCAUGUUUCGCAGCAUGUGUGACACAUCCUCUGGAUCUUGGUGAGUGGACGCGUCUACGCAAGCAAUAUAGAAUCGCAGAGCUAACCUCAUCGCAGUGA